CUAAAUAGUUUACUGUAUUACAGUUUUUAAUAGUAGUUUAGAAAUUGUUUUUUUGAAAAUAUGGUCAAUAUUUUAUUUGGUGGAAAAUGAAAAGAUACACUGCUUGGUGGAAAUGUGUUAUGCUCAUUCACAAUUUAAGCGGAGCGAUAAAUGUUAUGAUUUUACAAUGACUGCGUGUUUAUGUAUACGACUUACGUAGAAAAUGGGAUUUUAAACUUCAAAGAUGUUAACGAUGGGAGUCGAUAGAAAAAUGGAUUUUCUAUUGAAGUGUUAUGAAGAAAUAAAGGAUACUCUUGAGUUAGUCAAUAAAAAUAAUGACAAAGUUACCGUCAAAUAUAUGAAAAAUGUUACUAGAUAUGAAAAUACAUUAAAAGAACUUAAAGAAGAAAUGUUCAACAGUAAUAAAGUACCGUUUGAUAAACUACUACCCUUGGAUCUAGAUGAUGACUUUUUGGGGUUCGAUUCAGUUUCAGUAGUAGUAUCAAAAUCUGAAAUGCAAAUAGAUCCUCAAUAUGAAUCAUAUGGAAGUCUUUAUCAUAAAAUACAAAAAGAUUCUAUUGACUUCCACAACACUAUUACUUCUUUAUUUGAUAAAAUGAAACAGACAAAUGUGGCAAUUGAAACAGAAAUAGAUUAUUUAAAGUCAGUUACGAGUCAAACAAUUGAAACAGUCGAAGUAAUAAAAAAACUAUUGAAUAGAAUUUUGCGAAAUGAUCAAGAAGCCAUACAAGAAUUGAUUCAAAAACGAUGUAUUUUGGGGCGAAUCAAACUGGAUAGUUCUUGUCAUCUGGCUAUAUUAAAGUUAGAGUUGAAGUCACUGGGAAAUCGUGAAAAAAUCAAAAUACCUACUUACACAUACAAUAACUAUUCUUCUUGGUAUUUGAAAAAACUUAACGUUCAACGUUUAUAUCGUAUAUGGAGCAAUAUGAUCAUCAAGACUAUCAAUAUGCCCAUAGACAAAACCAACAACUAA